AUGAAACGCAAAACCACAGAUAUAAAUGGAGAUGCCUAUUCCAGCAACGAUUUCGAACGACAUUUGUCGUCUCGGCAUGGGGACAAAGUGACCAGAGCACUUCUUCCUGCCAUCAUCCAAUCCAACCGAUACCUGCCUCAUCAAAUCUCACCAGCAAUGUGCCCUUUUUGUGAUGAAUUGGCGAAUGCACUAAGCAAGUCCAACCCAUCACCACCUGGUAAAGACUUAGUGGUGACACCUGAGGAUUUCAUGAAGCAUGUGGGUAAUCACUUGGAGGAAAUCGCGCUGUUUGUUCUUCCUCGCUCUCUUGAUGAUGAAAGCAUUCCUGGCUCAGACGCAGCAGUAGAUCUAAGCACCAUGAGGAGUUCAUUCGAGUACACAUCUCUCAACCUUUCUCAGCCUCAAGAAAGCGCCGACUCCGCCGUGAUGACGCUUGAAGAAUUAGAUUCAGAUAGCGAGAUGCCGCAAGGUGCUACCCUAGCAGAUUCAACUCUGGACGUUGAGACGCUCAUGCCACAUCUACUUUCCGCGACUUCGGACAGUGCAGGAAGGUCCAUUCUCGCCGGUGUCUCGUUUACUUGA